CGGCCAUUACAUUUUUACACCAAAAUCAAAAACCCUACUGAUCAACCAAAAUGAAUAUUAAAGUUGAGAUGGUAAAAUAGAAACAAAGACGUGGAAGAUACCAAAUGGAAGAAUAAAAAAGAAUCAAAACUCAUAAAAUGAUGUGGAUCGUCAAAGUUGUAGCGUGUCUGAUUGUCUGCAAAGCUGUACUCGGUGCCUUUCCUUGGAAGAAAAUUAACGGUCGUUGUUACCAUUACAGUGAAGACAAGCAAAAUUGGUUUACUGCCGAGAGAAAAUGUCGAGAAAUUGGUGGUUAUCUUGCCAAAAUUGAGGACGCCGCAGAAAAUACAAUUCUGUAUGAUAAUAGACCACUAGGCAUAAAUGGUGGUCAUUUAUGGAUAGGCCUGUCAGAUUUAGACGAAGGACAGUUUAGAUGGAGCAUUGAUCAAGAAUUAGCUACAAAUGUUAACUGGGUUUCUUGGCAUAAAGCCAGCGAUCCAGGUCAUAACUGUGUAGCUAUGUAUUACAUAGGACCAAGUUGGCUUGAUUGGCGCUGUUCAUCGCCAUUUGGUUACGUUUGUGAGACCGAUUUCUGUUUUUGAAGACGGAACAGUUAUGCUGGAAAUUAGGAACUUCUAUUAAAAGAUAUUCAAUUAUCCCAAAA